ACAUGUCAUUCACACUGGUUUCACAAUUCAUAUUUCUCACUACUUCCGGGAGGUUUUGCGUUUAGUCAGCACUCGUCCAGAAGCUCCUCUUAGUCUAAAACUUACUCCUCUCGUCGUUGUCGCUGUUCUUCUCUUUCUAAUCUCCGAACCUCCCUUUUCUCGAUGAGCAAAGCAGUGCGUAACGCUCAGAAGUAC